GUAUAUAUAUAUAAAGGGGCAAAGGAACCCUCGGCAAGCACCCUUUGCAUGGUGGGUCGUUUGGUACCUGUUCUUAACGGUGGUCGUCCAGCCCUGAAGAAUGCGUGCUUGCGUCAUCGUGACCCUGCUCAUGGUGGGGAUCAGUUUCUCUCUCGGGAGGGACCUAUGUGCCAUAGACUGCUCUCAUGGGCAUUCCCAAACCGCAGAUCCAGUCAACUGCAAAAACUAUUAUGUUUGCUAUAAUACAAAUGAGCACAGCCAAUUUCCAUUCGCUUGUGACGGUAUAAAGUUUUUCGACAUAGCAACUCACACUUGUCGGGAAUCGGGUUUUGUCUGCACCCCUGAAUGUGAAACAUGUUCUUUCGACUGUUCCAAACCUGUUUUGGGAAAAAUAGCUGUUGAAUUCAAAUGUGAUGUCUUCUACGAAUGCAAGACUGGAGAGUGGUUCACUUGCCCAGCAGACAAACCUUUCUUUGAUGGGAAUGUCUGCCAGGACGACAAGAGGCACUGCUGUGCCUGUAAGUCAAUUUGUACUGCCGAAGACUCCACCAAUCAUCGCAUGGUUCCAGACUACCGCAACUGUACCAACUUUUUCCUGUGUCUGGAUGCUGGAAUCCCGGACGAGUCGACCCACGGCCACUGUCCAGUGGGUAAUUUCGAUCCACAGGCAAGAACAUGCAAUAACCAAGUUCCCUGCAUACAGCCCUGUCUUUGAGACCAGGAGCUUCUGGCAAACGUAAACGACCCUCAGAUACGUAGAUCCAGUAACACAAGCCACUGACAGUCCAAGGUUCUUCUUGUCUUAAGUAGAUUUUUUAUUCUUGUCUUAUGUAGAUUUUUUAUUAAGCUCAUUUUUUUAUAUUUUCUCAGAGAUUAAUAUCUUGAGCGGUAAAGUUCACGUCUUGCCAUAUAUAUAUAUAUAUAUAUAUAUAUAUAUAUAUAUAUAUAUAUAUAUAUAUAUAUAUAUAUAUAUAUAUAUAUAUAUAUAUAUAUAUAUAUAUAUAUAUAUAUAUAUAUAUAUAUAUAUAUAUAUAUACGAGUAUAUACCAAUAAUUAAAUAAAUAUUACAGAAGAUACGUACUAUACGGCAUUCCCCUUGCCACUAGUGCUGGUACAUGCAGAGCUGGUGCUGUGCCACAAAGACCAGUAUCCGCGCAAUGCAUGCAGGCGUGAUUGUUGAGAUUCACUUAGGUCGCUGUGGCCAAUGUCUGUCUUAGGCAGUCAGUAACACACAUACAAACAUAUGCUGUAUGUACGAGUAUGCAAAUAAAAGGUGCGUCAGUGUCUUGUUUUUAGAGGUGAAUGUUCCUAUUUUCUCGACUUGACAUAACUGACUCAGCUUAGUACACGAGAAAGUUGUGUAAAUUUCCUCCAUCUUCAUUCCUGCUACUCACCCAUUACACAGAAAUUAAGACAGGAGCUACCCCGAUAAAUGCAGCUACAGCGCGAAAACCCGGUAUGUUAUGGGCACAAACACCCGUACAAUGAGUAUGGUAGCGAAUUAUGUAGUCAGUGGACUGUUUCACAUCCUCCACGGAAGCUCCCAUCAUGGUGGAUCACGAACGCAUAAGAUGAGUCAAAUACUGCUCAAAAGCUACACUCCCCAACAGCAAGCCUCACAUUUUGAGCGUUACAAUUACACAACCUGGAUCUUUACUACAACCACAGCAGGCUAUCAUAUAUACACUGUGAAGUGGAAAUGUGAGUGAGGAAAGGUCACAGCCACAAUAAAAGAAUAAAUAAGGAGGAAAAGAAACUGAAAACUCUCGGCAGAUAAAAACAAUUAUAUGCAUUAGUAACAAGUGAGUGACGAAGUGUGAGGAACUGGUAGAGAACAUGUUAUGCCUAGAGGAAGAGAGUAUGGGAAUGUAAACUGUCGUGCCAUGGCAGUAUGUGGCGUGAUAAAGUUUAGAUGAGGCAAAUCUGUGUUUUCCUGGACAACAACUUUGACGCACACCUUCAUAACUGUCCUUCACACAUACCGGAUAAAGAAUUGACAGAUAUGGAGUAAUGAAUUAGUUGUAUUGACUUUUUAUGUGAACGAAACGGAAUGCAAGUUGUAACCGAGGUCAGAAUUUUGCGUUGCUCUGGGGAAGUACGUGGGCUGCGUCAGGUGCUGGGUGAUUACCAGCGGCACUGCAAGGGUGGGCGCCAGUAUAUAUAGAGGGCCAAGGGAACUCUCGACAAGCGCCCGUUGGCUGGUGGGUCGUUUGGUCCCUGUUCGUGGCGGUGGUCGUCCAGCCCCGAAGCAUGCGUGCUUACGUCGUCGUGGCUCUGCUCAUGGUCUGGAUCAACAAUUCUCUCGGGAAAGACAUCUGCACCGUAGAUUGCUCUUAUCCUGUAACCGCAGAUCCGUUCAACUGCAAAAACUAUUACAUUUGCUAUAAUGAAAAUGACCACACCCAGUAUCCAUUCCCAUGUGAAGGUGACAGGUUCUUUGACACAGUAACUCACACUUGUCUUGUGUCGAAUUAUUUAUGUACCCCGGAGUGUGAAAAGUGUUCCUUCAAUUGUUCCGCUCCCGUCUUGGGGAAAAUAGCAAACCCAUUUCAGUGUGAUGUUUACUACGAAUGUGAAAGUAAGAAGUGGUUCACAUGCCCAGCAGAGAAGCCUUUCUUUGACGGGAACACCUGUCAGGAGGAAGAACUACAGUGCUGUACCUGCAGAUCCGUUUGUACUGACGAUGACGCCGCUAGUUAUCGCCGAGUCCCAGACUUCCGCAACUGUACCAACUUCUACGAGUGUGUGGAUCCUGGAAUGGCUCAGCACCACGGCCACUGUCCAGAGGGUAAUUUCGAUUUAGAAGCACGAGAUUGUAAUGAGAAAGCCCCCUGCAUACAGCCGUGUGCGAACAUCACAUUCUGGCAGGCAUGAACGGGUCCCAGAUGCAUCCCGUGGCCGACUUCCCUAGCAAUCCAAAGUUCUGAUCUUAUGUAUAUUUUCUUAUGGUAUGAAUAUUGAUAUGUAUAUUGCAGGUUAUUGGGAUUCAGUAAGGUCGUCGUGUGAAUAUUUUUCAUAUUGUGGCCAUUGCCUAUCGCCAGGGGAAACAAAAAAGUGUGUGUGUUGAUCGUGUGUAGAAGUGCGUGUAAAAUGAAAGGUGCGUUAAUGAUUACUGCAAUGUGGAUUCUUACUCCUACAACUUGGCGCCUUCCGACUCUGCUCAGUGCACGGGAAGGCGUUGUGAGCGUUAUCCAUAAAUAUAACACGAAUCUCUAUGAAAAAAAAAAGGAAAAAUAAAAUGCUGCUUAAAAAAUGUACUCUGCAACACUGACUUUACACACAUCUGAAAUAUAAAACACGGUCACUGUGUAUAUAAGUCAUUCCGGGGUGUUGUAGUUGUAGUGACAGCAGUAGAAGCAGUAGUGGCAGUGGUGGUGGUGGUGAUAUGUAAACUUCGUAUUAGGUCUUUAGUAUAUGAAGUUUCAUCCAGUAUAAAGAAAAAAGAUUGGUAUCUCUGCCACAUAAGAUAAUAGCUGAUAGCAGAUUGUUUUUGCUUGUUUCUGGUGUGUGUGUGUGUGUGUGUGUAUGUAUGUGUGUGUGUGUGUGUGUGUGUGUGUGUGUGUGUGUGUGUGUGUGUGUGUGUGUGUGUGUGUGUGUGCAGGCAUUCAAACAAGCGCCGACCCUUCCUUUCAACCCAAAACCACCCAUGAUAACCUUACCCAGGAAAUCUCUCUCUCUCUCUCUCUCUCUCUCUCUCUCUCUCUCUCUAGUCUUAGGAUGAAAAAACUGAUGAUAGAUAAUUAAAUGAGUAAAAUAAAUCAUAACAUAAUCUGCUUCCUCCACAUUCGUACUUUUCCGACCCAAUCUACCUGUUCGAGCGCAUAACAUUUUGGAUAGACGUUUAUGUGCCCAUGAAGCCAUUUUGCUUGGUAACCCCUAACCGCCCCUAUCUACUUGACAAGAUCGGUACCGUUAGAUUUCGGUACAUUAAAUUUUCAAUGGUUAAAAAAGCAAUUCCAUGAGUACAUCCAUAAUUUCCAAAUGAAACAAAACACUGAGAUAUGCUGAUUUGUUCAUAUUAACAGGAAGGAGGAAAUGUAUUUGAUAUUUGAUGUAGAGCCGAGAUGAAUGCAAAACUAUAUGGAAAUAUCCCUAUGACUGUAUAAACUAAAAUAAAUAAAUAAAUAAAUAAGCAAAUAAAGUAAUGGGGUUUACUUAUUUUUUCUUAAUAGAUUUUCUACGAGGACUAAAUUUAUGUGAUGUAUUUUGAGCCGAGAGAGGGAGAGAGAGAGAGAGAGAGAGAGAGAGAGAGAGAACGCCGCGCAUGCGCAGCCACCGCCGCUACUCCGCCAAAACAUUUGAACGUUUAGUAAACACGAGAAGUAGCUGCACGCUCGCAAGAUAAUGUGAAAAUGAAGACAAGGAACAGCUCUGCCGGGACCACUUUGCAAGGCCAAGGAAGGCUGUUCAGGAGAGCAAAACAGUCACCGUGCUGUCCUGCACCCAAAGGAAAGCAUUCGUUGCAGAAACUUAAAAUGAAAGAUGACUCCUCGGCUAACCAGUCACCAGUGUCUGCAGAGAAGAAAGAUCACUCACAGUUAGAAAAUGUGAAAGAGAAUUGUAUAAGUUUACAUGAAGCUCUGUCUCCAAUCAUUAAAAGGCGAACUCUAGGACAAAACAAGUUAUCAGAUUUAAGUAAUGUGUGUAGGGAUCCAAGUUCUGGCAGUCAAAGAUCAGAGAAAGACAAGAAAGCUCCAUUGCAGAUAAUUAGUAGUUCCCAAGAAAAUCAGGUAUUUCCACUGGAAGAAAGAAUGAAUGGCAACAUGUUCCAAAAAGGAAAAGAGAUGAAGGAAGACAGGAAGAAGCAAGCAGUGAGGAAAAAGAGUGUUAUCUCUGACAAGGAAAAUGUUUUAUCUACACACAUGACUCAAGCUCCUGUAAGGAAAUCCAAAAGGAUCAGGGUGGCCCCCAAAAGCAAGGAUGUGAUAGAUGUACUCAAGCCAGUCAUGAAAAACCCUCUGAAUAAGAAACAAAAAGAAACUAAGAAUGUGUUAGAGGCAGAUAAACUUAGCAAGGAAGAGGCAUCUUCCUCAGAAGCUGGUAACAAGCAAGCAGACCCUCAACCAAAACCAAAGAGAGUUACUGGUGCCAAAAGCCUAAAGACCCAUUCCUCAGCAGCACAGCAAAGCAAUGUCACAGCACAAUCAGGUGGCAAAGAGGAAAGUGACCGCUCUUGUGACAGAACCCAUGUUGCUACUAGUGAAAAAUCCUCUUGUAAUGAAAAAGAAAGUGCCAGUACAAACAGAGAUACCACUGUGCUCCUUAGAAGGACAAAAAGAAAGUCAAGCCAGCAAGAUAAAGAUGAUAUUGCAAAGAAAGCUAAAACUGGAAAUAUUGAUGAAACUCCAAAGGUUCCAGGCACAUCUACAAGAACUAUCAGAUCUGUAUCAUCAGCAAAGGUUGAUGAAACCAAGGGAUUGUCACGUAAACUUCUGAGAAGGUCACAUAAUAUCUCACAGAAUAAGGAAUCACCUAGCACAUCAGGCUGUCAAGGAGUCACUCAAGCUAAAUCCAAACCACCUGUUUGGGCUUCAGUCAAAGGUAUCAAAAUAACCCCUGGGAAGAGAAAGUCCUUUAGAAUUAACAGUGACACCUAUGAUUUUCCCAGCAGUCCACAUGAAGAGCUAGCAGAAGUUAAGAGGAAGAAGGUAAAGAAAUCGAAGAAACAAAUGAAGAAAAGGGUGAAACCACGUACGAAAUUCACACUUCUCAUAACAGAUCCUUCUUGGCAGAGAACUACUUCAAAGAGAAUGCCACUGCUUGGCGAAUCUUCUCUCUCUACCACCAACAGGAGCACUGCUUCUACAAGGUACCUCGAUGAUAACUCUGAAAUGGAUGCUGCUGAUGAAGCAUCUGUUCCUAGUAUUAUGUCAAGUAUUAGAGAUGAAGAACCUGCAGAAGAGGAUUUUUCAGGAUUUGAGUUAGAGGGCUCUCAUGAUCUCUUCCUUGGAUUUGAGGGGGAGACCAGAAGCUCCUUUGUCAUUCCUAGCAAGAACAGAAAUGGAAAUGAGUUAGUUCCCAUGACUUCAGCCAGUGUAUUACCUACUCCAGCCAUAUCAAAGCAUAUCUCUAAGUAUAUAGGAGGAUCAUCUACUCCAAGAAUGGAAAAUCUAACUGGAGCUGCUGGUAACAAAAAAACAAGGACAGCUAAUGAUAGCAUAUCUGAGUGCUUUGGUUUUAAUGAUUCAGAGGAAGAAUGUGAACUCAACAUAUCCCCUGUUCAGCAAUCCAGACAGCGUUCUGCACUAGAUGUCACAGGCACUUCAGACAUGACAGAUGGAGAGUUGCAUCCAGCCACUCUUCCAUCCAGGUUCUCUUGGAGUUCACUUCGGCCGGGUAACAGAAGCAGAGCAUCCGCCUCCCGGUCCUCAAGUAUGGUGGCUCAGGGACGCUCGGUGACCUUCAUGACAAAUGUCUCACAAAAUUCCCAGACAAAGAUAACAUCCUUUGCUGUACCAACUGUGAGUAAACGGCAUCCCAUGCAGAGAAGGGAAAAACCAACUCGUGAGGAAAAAACAACCGGUCAAGAUGAAUUACGAGACACUCUAAGUACAGAAGCAGAUCCAAGUGACAAAAUAGAAGCAGCUGAAAUGUCUGUAUUGUUUGAUGAUGAAGAAUUAAAGGAAGAUAAGGAACCAAGUAAAACAUCUCGUCCAAACAACAAAGCAUCACAGGUUUCUGCAAAAGCUUCUGAUAAAUCUCCAGAAAAGAGCUUUGUAAAGGCACCAAGAAGAUCUUAUGACCGAACUUCAUUGCUUGAGGCGAGGCGAAAGUUUAUUGAAAUGCAUGGAGGAUAUGCUGACAUAGAAGAUGGGAGCAGCAGUGAGGAGGAGGAGGAGGAGGAGCAAGCAGCACAGGUCAAGCUCCGAUCUAAGGCUCGUAAGAAGCCCACUAAGGUCACUAAGCCUGCAAAGGUGAACAAGAAAAAGGAAAAGAAAUCAGCAAAGGCAGCUGAAGGAGACUCAAAGAAGACUGCUGCUUCCACAUCUAUAUCAAAAAAGAAGAAGAAGAAGAUGGAUGAAUUUGAUGCAACAUUGGAAGAUUGGGCUUCACGUAUCAACAGUCACUUCAGUGAGGUGGAUGAGAGUCUGCUGGUGGUGGAGUGAGGCAGCAGAGUGCAUCACCACCACAAGCACAGGCAAGACGUAGCAAUUUCAGAAUAUCUUGAUCUCUUCUAACUUCAUGAACCAUUUGAAUGUCCAUUACAUCCAGCAGUUGCCACAAGCUUAUUUAUUUGCUCUGUAUACUUACAACAUUAUAGCAAUUGUGGAAUGUAAAGCUAAAUGGUGUAACACAAGAUUUUGCGGAUAUUGCUACAGGUGGAAGUACAGAUUAAUCCAAGUUGAAAGUGUUCUAUGCUCAUACACUUUUUGAGGUGUUGUUUAGCUGUGGUAUGAAAUUCAAGUGUGGCCUGUUGACAGAUACAAUGGCUGGGACUGGUGGUUAUCUAUGGAGGAAUGUGUUGACCUGGAUGUCUGUUGGUGAAAUUGUGAUUUAUCCACUCAUGAUUUCUACAAGAUUUGGAGGUUUACUGUGAUGGCAAUGAACAGAUGAUUUACCAGUAAAUGUCACACAAUGAUAGUAUGGAUGUAAUAAAUGGCAAAUAAAAUAAUAGGCUGCUUGUUCCUUCAUUUUCCCCCCUGGGCAGGUAAUGCAUGGUGCUAAGCAGCCUGUUAUUUUAUUUGUCGUUUAUUACAUCCAUACUAUCAUUGUCUAAAGUUUAUCAGUAAAUUGCCAGUUUGUUGUCAUCACAGUAAACCUCCAAAUCUUGUAGAAAUCAUGACUGGAUAAUUUGCAGUUUUGCCAAUGGACAUCCAGAUCUACACAUCCUGCCAUGAUACUCAACAGUACUGACUGUUUUAUCUGUUACCAGGCCACACUUGAAUUUCACAGGACGGCUAAAUGCCUUACAAUGCAUACGUUUAUAGAAUAUUUUCAACUUAGAUUAACCCGUAUUUUCUCCUCUGGCAAUAUCUGCAGAAUCUUGUGUUACACCUUGUAUAAGCUAAAGAUUAGUUUGUUUUGUAAGCAAUAAUAUUUUGAUGACCAUUAUCUUAAGUUGUUUAAAUACUUAGGGAAGAAAAGUGACCUGAAGUGACAUUCAUUUUUGUUAAGUUGGAAGUCUAGAACUCUGGAAGUGUGAGAAUGAUCCCUAGUGUCUACAUCCUCAACUUGAAGAAGAAAUCUACAGUAGUACUUAAUGCUAUCUCGAGCUUAGAAGAGGAAAUUAAAUGAUUUAAUAUUAAGAUUGUCAGACCAUAACUUCCACUUUUCAAUAUGUAGUUGUUAAAAUUUAGUAUUAUCAUGAACAAAUCUUAAUUAGCCUUUUUCAGACAUGUCUUGAUCUGGAAGUGUCCCUGAAGUCUAUGUAACUGCACACUAUCUCUCAUUAUCUUUACACUCCUGGUUUGUCUCUAGCCUGUCCCUCUAGUAUUGUCUUCACUGCAUGCACACCUGUACUGUUCUUUCACUUUCCACUUAGCCUCCAUUUCUUAGUAGGGCCCCAAAUUUCACUCAUUCAUACAUUUGUUUUUGUACUUUUCCCAGUCUUCAUCCUCUCAGUAAAACCAGAUCACUUAGAAUAUCAUGUUUCAUCCAUUCAGCCAUGCAAUACCUAAUUCCAUUUGCACAGGUUUCCACACUGGUCUCAUCUGAUCUUGUCACUCCACAUGCUCCUCUCCACUCUACAAUAGAGAACUUUUCACAGCAUGCACUCUCCCUUGAUUUCUAGAUCUUGGAUCUGCAAGUUAGUGUUAGCAAGAUAAUGUUUAAAUCCUCUUUUUGUGUCUAGGGACAUAUUAAUCUUUUCAUAACAUGCAAGUAAUCGCAUGAAAUCCAUAUCCUUCUAUCAAUUAUUCUUAUUUUGUAUUUAAUUGGUUAAAAUUUAGAAUAUUGAAUUAACGGUACAUACAGUAAGAAAGCUCGUAUGAUAUAAGAAGGAACAAAAUAAUUUGAAGUUAAUUUUAGCUUAAUUACUUGUUGUAAAUAUUGCAUGAAAUUUAUAUUUGAUUUAUGUAGCUUAUUCUAAGUGUAAGUCCUACUGGUUGAAUCAUGGAAUCACCAGGCCUGAUGAUGUGAGGUUACAGCCUUGAGUGUUUCCCUGAAAAAUGGAAUUAUUAUAGCAAAAUAACAGAAUAUAUUGCUAGGCAGAGCUUAACUUGCAGAAGUUCUUUCCUGUAACUAGAAAUACCUGUGUUUAAUUGUUUUUGUGUUAGCUACUACUUUAUGUACUUGGGCACUACUUCUGUAGCACUUUUGUCAAGUGUUGCCACAAAGUGUUUCAAGUGCCUUUAAUAUUAGCUUCAGAAUAUACAUAUAUAUACAGUGGGUGCUGAAAAUACUGGGACCUAGCCUUAUUUCAGCAGGCAAGUGUGCAGUCCCUGUUUUUAUUGCACCAAAAUUCAUAUAAGCUGAUAUGAUGUUGCAUAUCGGUAUCUGGCAAGUCAGGAACCCUUACUGAGUAUUUGAGGGAUGCUGGCUAACAGCAGGCACUGUGCUUCACUGCUUUAAUGGUGUACCUGGGGUCGUACUGAUUAUGUCUGAGGGGGUGCCUUACACACAGUCUGAGGGAUGUCACAACUUGGAAACUGCUCUCAUUGGACUAGAACCUUCUGCCAGUCUGCCUCUCACCAGUUCUUGUCCUCUUUAGUGAAUGCAAGCCACAUGGUGCCAGUCAGUAGGGGUUUGCAUGCUGCCAUGUGACUUGGUAUACCUAGGUGAUCUUGAGGCGGUGUUGGAUGGUGUGAAUGGCGAUAUCUUUAAGGAACUUGAGAUAUUUUGCUGUCAGUCUAGGGCUUCUGUUCACAGCCAGCUUGACAGGCAGUCAGUGAGUGGCAUCGUCUUCCUUGACCUUCCAAGAGGCUUUCUUUGUUGGGAUAUGGUGUUAGGUGGCAUCUCACGCAUGGUAGCAAGUAGGCACAUGAUAGUGGACUUACCUCUCCCUAUCCUCCUCGCUGUUUCUUUAAUCAGGACUUUCUCCUCCUAUAGAGCAAGAAUAUGGGCUUUUCCACAUUGGUUAGUUGCGUGGGACCCAUCCUGACCUGCUGGAUUCAGUCUGGAGCAGCAACAAAAAAGAAGGCAAAAAAUUAGGAGGAAAAAAAAAAAAUGAAAGGGUGCAUGAACCUCCUUGUACCAUGCAUAGACGGACACUGACAUGUUAGCCAGCAUCCCUCAACUACUCAGCGAGGGUUCCUGACUUGCCAGAUACCAAUAUGUGAUGUCAUAACAGCUUAUAUGAAUUUUGGUGCAAUAAAAACAGGUACCACAUGUUUGCCUGCUGAAAUGAGGCUAAGUCCCAGCAUUUUUCAGCAGCCACUGCAUUACAGUAAAAUCCCUCUUAUCCGGCAACUUCAAGUGUCCGGCACAUUUUUGCCCGAGCCUUAAAAUCAAUAAAAAAUCAAUGUGUACUCAUAAAAUCGAUUAAAAUUCCCGCGCGAGGCAUACUUUGUCCCUUCGCCACCAGAGCGCACUGCUUUGCGCCAUCCGCAGCCCACUGCACUGUGUUUACUCAGUGACUCAGUCCCGCGUGUGCACUGUUUAUCGCCUGAUGCCUUCAUCAUGCCUGAAGUUGUAGAAAAGAGGAAGUGUGUUGUGCUUACACUUAAGCAGCUGAUCAGAUCAGCUGAUCUUUGUUAUGGUAAGAUGCGUGACUGUAGGGUGGUGAUUGUGGACAUAAUUUCACUUCUAUUCAAGUAUCUGGCAAUAUUCAAGUAUCCGGUAUGUUGGCGGUCCCGUUGGUGCCGGAUAAGAGGGAUUUUACUGUACUUCAUUAUGAUGGUAAUUUUUCAUUCAUUACUAAUGGUUUGUUAGUAGGCUUUACUGUAAAACACACAGUGGGGUUCUGCAGCCUUCUAGACCAGUAAGAGUUCAUGCUGUCAGGGAUCCUUUCAUCAGUAAGUUAACUGAUUUUCAGUAUAUCAUCAGGAAUGUCAGUGUUCAUAUUUUUUUCUCUUUUAUCUUUUCUGGUCUAGAGUGUAUUGAAAUGAAUCCAUAAUAAUGCAGUGUUUAAAGGAUGUUAAGAAAGCAAAAUUUUUCCAGCAAACUUACAUUUAAUUCACACCUUUAUUGUAUGUCAGAACCUCUUUCAUAUUAGGUCAUGAUUUACAUAACAGGCUACUUCUGCCAGAUAUACUCUUUGCAGGUAAACACUGGAGAAUAUUGGAAAGGGGAAUAUGUUUUGAUACACUUGGUUAGAAACUGCAGUGGAAAUGCACAGUAUGUGCAUAUUAUGCUGUAUAUAUUCAGACAUAUGAAGGUGUGCAUUUUUUACAUGAAACUUCACAAACAGUGUCUUAAUUCUAGUUUUCCACCCCUGUUUGAUAAUUAUCAACAGCAUGUGUGAAUCAGUACCUGGAUAUUAUGUAUUUUUUAUGAUAAAGUUUUGUAAGUUUC